GUAAUUGCGCACGCUGAUAGAUCAAUACCAAUGCUCCUCUUCAACAGCGAGCGUCAAUCAUGUUCGUGGCCUAGCUGUGAUUGGCCGUCAACUCUUAAGCGAUGGAGAACACUAUAUACGUACCUAGGUAUGUAUCUUGGCCUUUCAAACUGAACUGUUCUUACUUUGAUUCGAGCAGUUGAACAUGUGACAAUGAAUAAUGUCGAAAAUCACGCCGCUCAGCAUUAAUGAUGUCACAUGCGGCUACAACAUCUGGAUCAGCCUAACCACAAGUACCGGAUAUCAAUGGCGGAACAAUGGAGCAAGUGGCAAGCUGUCUCAAGCUUCCUCCCGUAGAACUGUACAACAUAACUCCGACGUCUUCAGGCGGAGAUAAGACGGGGCUUUUGUAACCCCGCAUCGCAUUCGAAAAGUAUAUAGAAGUCGACAGGCGCACAACACAAAAGCUCAGUUUACCUCCUUCCAACAUCAUACCACGCACCUCCAAAAUGUCACCCCGGGUAUUCUUCAUCACUGGAACCUCGACCGGAUUCGGCGAGGAACUGGUAAAAUACGCCCUCCAGAAAGGCGACUAUGUAGUAGCUACGGCCCGCAACUCCUCAAAACUUUCCUUCGACGGCGCUACUUCCACCAACAGCCUCCUCGUAGAUCUCGACGUCACGAAGAAAGAAUCCAUCGACAAAGCGUUCGAAGAAGCCAUUAAGAAAUUCAAGCGAGUUGAUGUCUUGGUCAACAAUGCAGGCUAUGGAUUAAGCGGUCCAAUGGAAACGCUCACAGACAAGCAAAUCCGAACGCAAAUGGAAGUCAACUUCUUCGGCCUAAUCGACGUGACCCGCAAAGCCAUGGAAACGAUGCGAGAGUUGAAAACCGGUGGUCUUAUCCAGCAAGUCACCUCCAUCGGUGGCCACGUCGGCGUGCCGACGUUCAGCAUCUACUGCGCGUCCAAAUGGGCCGUAGAGGGCUUCACCGAAGCCAUUUCCAAGGAAGUAAAGCCAGAAUGGGGCAUCAAGUUUACGUGCGUCGAACCUGGAGGUUUCCGCACAGAUUGGGCGGGUCGGUCCAUGGACUUUGGAGAGAUCGACCACCCGGCGUAUGAUCACAUCAAUGCUAGGGAUACUAUGGGGAAGCGGCAUGGCAAUCAGCCUGGUGAUCCUACAAAGGCUGCUAUUGCAAUGUAUGAAUUGGCGGUCAUGGAAGAUCCACCGCUGAGGUGCAUUUUGGGUACUGAUGCCUAUUCGAUGAUUAAUGAGAAGCUUGACACGUACUCGAAGAACGUCAAGAAAUUUGAGAAAUUGAGCAACAGCACCGACGUUGAUGGGUACAAGGCGUCGUAG